CGGCCCGGGGGUGCAGCGCCGGGGGCGGCGGGGCCGCCGCGCCGGGCAGGCUGCCACCCAGGGCCCCGUCACCGGUCCCCGGUCCCCAUGGCGGCACCGUCCUGCCGGGCCCUGCUGGCCGCCUGCCUGGUGCUGCAGCUGGCCACCGCGCGGGGCGAGGGCUGCAGCGGCUUCGGGAACGUGUUCACGGAGAUCCCGGAGAACAGCGCCCACGGCAGCCUGGUGGCCCGGCUGCCGGCGGGAGGGGACGCGGGGGGCCCCGCGCUGCAGCUCUGCCUGGCCGGCACCGAUGCCGCCUGGUUCUACCUGGACGGGCGCAGCCUGCGCCUCAACGCCUCCGCCGGGAGGGCGCUGGACCGCGAGGAACUGGAGUCCCCGGUGCUGAUGGUGGCCCUGACGUGCGCCGAGGACGGCUUCGCCCCGGUGGAGUACCGCGUCAUUGUCCAGGUCCUCAACGAGAACGACAACCGGCCCCGCUUCCGUGGGGAGCCUGUCCUCACCCACAAUGUCAGCGAGCUGGUGGCCGUGCACUCGGUGGUGUUCAGCACGCAGGCGGAGGACGCGGACGGGGACCUGCUGAUGUACGUCAUCGAUGCGUCCUCGCCCGACGCCCGCUUCUUCCGCAUCGACCUCCCCAACAGCGGCCGCGUGGUGCUGGCGCGCGCCCUCGACUUCGAGAGCCGGCAGCGCCUGGAGGUGGUGGUGACAGCCGUGGAGAUGAACACCAAGGAGCGGUUCAACACCUCGGCCCGCGUGCGGGUCAACGUGCUGGACGGGGACGACCAGUACCCCCGCUUCCUGCCCUGCGCCCCCCCCGACCCCCCCGGCGUCUGCAUCAGCCCCGUCUACACCGCCAACGUCACCGAGGGCGAGCUGACGGGCUCCCCGCUGCGCUUCAGCCCCGGCUCCAUCUACGCCGAGGACGGGGACAGGGGGCUGCGGGCGGCCAUCACCUACUCCCUGCUGGCAGGCGAGGAGAGCGCCCGCUUCCACAUCGACAACGCCACCGGGGCCAUCACGCUGCUGCGCGCCGUGGAGAGCAGCCGGCGCACCCCCGCCAUCAGCCUCAGCGUCAUGGCCUCUCAGGUGAACGACGCCACCAAGUACGCGGUGGCGGUGGCCGUGGUGCGGGUGCUGGCCACCAACCGGCACCCGCCCCGCUUCGCCCGCCCGGCCGUCCGCGCCUUCGUCCCCGCCGGCGCCCGCGAGGCCGCGCUCGUCACCACCUUCGGCGGCCACGUCCUCGCCCUGCGCGCCCACGACCCCGACUUCCCCGAG